AUGGCGGGAGCCUCCGACCCACUGGAGGACAUGCUCUUCAAUGAGGUGGACGAGAAGGCGGUCAGCGACUUAGUUGGUUCCCUGGAGUCUCAGCUAGGCGACGGUAAAGCUCCCGCCGCUUCAUUUUCCGACGACAAGCGCGAGGCAGCGCCGGCGGCUGUCAGUCACUUCUCAGGGAAAGUGCGCGAGCAAGUGGGCAGCUCGGAGCAACAACAAGGGCAUCCGAAAGCGGCGUUCAACCAGCAACCCGCCACCGAGAGCCUCCCCUCCUCCAACUUCUGUGUGCCCGCCGCGGCCAGCCUGCACCCGGCCGGAGCCGCUCCCCCCCACGGAUCCGGCUCCGGAACUUUGAGCGCUCAGUCCGCUAACAGGGCUGCCGUCCUGGGUCCGAGUCCGAGUUCGAGUCCGAGUUCGAGUCCAGCUCCCGCUCCCGGCACCAGGACCUCCUCGGCUGGAAGUUUAAACGGCAGCGCCGCAGGUGGAAAGUUGGUGAACUCUGCUGGUGCACCGGGUCCAGCCGGGUCCGGCACCGUCAUAAGUACUGUCAGCUCCGUGGGCUCCUCCGUGGCCCCACGGCCUCACUUCCCUGGACUCCAAACGUCUGUGGCUUCUCUUGCUGCAGUUCUGCAAAGGCACCCCAGCCCGGGACCCCCGGGGUCCCAGAACGGGGUCGAGCCCAAACGUGCCCCUUCCCCGUCGGCCCCUGCGUCUCAGGUCAUGAACCACAGCAGCCCCCUGAUCCACAGCAAGGCGCUGGUGCCCAGCCAGCCUGCCAGUGCCAGCAUCCUAGGAAGCAGCCCGUCUCCUCAGAGCGGGGCUGCUGGGGUCAAGCCCGUGGUCAACGGCCUCGGUCAGCCUGCAGUAGCUGUCAUGAGGCCGCCAACCUCCGCUGUGGGUUCCGCCAACAUCCAGCAGCAGAGACCCGGGUUGGCGGUGAGUCCGAGCAGGGCGGCUGCCCCUCAGCCUCAGGUGGCUGUCCGGCCCCAGCAGCAGACCACCAUCCAGCUGCCCUCCGGGUUCACCAUCCCUUCAGGCAUGGUUCUGGUUCGGACAGAGAUGGGCCAGCUCGUGAUGGUUCCUCAGCAGAUGCUAGCCCAAGCACAGGCCAAGACGCAGCAAACGGUGGCCAACAUCUCCCAGAGACCUGCAGCACCCACGGUUGGGAGCGCCAUUCGGGUUAGCACUGCCAGCACGGCUCCCGGUACACCUCAGACCGUCCGCCUGGCUUCUCCUGGACAAACAAGAAUGGUUCAGUCGGCAUCUCCCUCCACCACCACGGUGCAGAAGGCCAUGGCCGUGUCUCCUGGUGGUGCAGCGGCGUCGGUGAAGAUGACCACCCCACAAAAAGCACAGACCGUGAUCACGGCGGGUGGGCAGGUCCUGAGCAAGCCCCCCAGCGUGCCGUCUACUCUUCCCUUGACGAGCACAACGGCAGUUCCUGCUGUCACGCCCGCUGCCAGAGUCACUGUAGUGUCCCAGGAGAUGCAAGAAAACGUGAAGAAAUGCAAGAACUUCCUCUCCACCCUCAUCAAGUUGGCAUCCCACAAUUCCCUCCCAGAUACCUCCAAGAAUGUGAAGUCCCUGGUGCAGGACCUGCUCGACGCUAAGAUCGAGCCCGAGGAGUUCACCUCUCGUUUGCAAGCCGAGCUGAAGUCCUCACCACAGCCCUACCUCAUUCCUUUCCUCAAGAAAAGCCUCCCUGCUCUGCGCCAAUCUUUUCUCAACAGCCAACAGACUCUAUCAACCGCUCCCAGCAUUGCCACUCCACCCGGUGCUCCAGUUGGUGUCACCACGGCAACUAUUAAACCGCGGAUGCCCAUCAGUCACACCACCACUACUGUACGACUGAAUGCACCACUUGCAAACACGACAUGUUUGGGCUGCCGUCCUGGGUCCGAGUCCGAGUUCGAGUCCGAGUUCGAGUCCAGCUCCCGCUCCCGGCACCAGGACCUCCUCGGCUGGAAGUUUAAACGGCAGCGCCGCAGGUGGAAAGUUGGUGAACUCUGCUGGUGCACCGGGUCCAGCCGGGUCCGGCACCGUCAUAAGUACUGUCAGCUCCGUGGGCUCCUCCGUGGCCCCACGGCCUCACUUCCCUGGACCUCCAAACGUCUGUGGCUUCUCCUGCUGCAGUUCUUGCAAAGGCACCCCAGCCCGGGACCCCCGGGGUCCAGAACGGGGUCGAGCCCAAACGUGCCCCUUCCCCGUCGGCCACUGCGUCUCAUGGUCAUGAAACCACAGCAGCCCCCUGAUCCACAGCAAGGCGCUGGUGCCCAGCCAGCCUGCCGUGCCAGCAUCCUAGGAAGCAGCCCGUCUCCUCAGAGCGGGGGGCUGCUGGGGUCAAGCCCGUGGUCAACGGCCUCGGUUCAGCCUGCAGUAGCUGUCAUGAGGCCGCCAACCUCCGCUGUGGGUUCCGCCAACAUCCAGCAGCAGAGACCCGGGUUGGCGGUGAGUCCGAGCAGGGCGGCUGCCCCUCAGCCUCAGGUGGCUGUCCGGCCCCAGCAGCACACCAUCCAGCUGCCCUCCGGGUUCACCAUCCCUUCAGGCAUGGUUCUGGUUCGGACAGAGAUGGGCCAGCUCGUGAUGGUUCCUCAGCAGAUGCUAGCCCAAGCACAGGCCAAGACGCAGCAAACGGUGGCCAACAUCUCCCAGAGACCUGCAGCACCCACGGUUGGGAGCGCCAUUCGGGUUAGCACUGCCAGCACGGCUCCCGGUACACCUCAGACCGUCCGCCUGGCUUCUCCUGGACAAACAAGAAUGGUUCAGUCGGCAUCUCCCUCCACCACCACGGUGCAGAAGGCCAUGGCCGUGUCUCCUGGUGGUGCAGCGGCGUCGGUGAAGAUGACCACCCCACAAAAAGCACAGACCGUGAUCACGGCGGGUGGGCAGGUCCUGAGCAAGCCCCCCAGCGUGCCGUCUACUCUUCCCUUGACGAGCACAACGGCAGUUCCUGCUGUCACGCCCGCUGCCAGAGUCACUGUAGUGUCCCAGGAGAUGCAAGAAAACGUGAAGAAAUGCAAGAACUUCCUCUCCACCCUCAUCAAGUUGGCAUCCCACAAUUCCCCUUCCCCAGAUACCUCCAAGAAUGUGAAGUCCCUGGUGCAGGACCUGCUCGACGCUAAGAUCGAGCCCGAGGAGUUCACCUCUCGUUUGCAAGCCGAGCUGAAGUCCUCACCACAGCCCUACCUCAUUCCUUUCCUCAAGAAAAGCCUCCCUGCUCUGCGCCAAUCUUUUCUCAACAGCCAACAGACUCUAUCAACCGCUCCCAGCAUUGCCACUCCACCCCCGGGUGCUCCAGUUGGUGUCACCACGGCAACUAUUAAACCGCGGAUGCCCAUCAGUCACACCACCACUACUGUACGACUGAAUGCACCACUUGCAAACACGACAUGUUUGGGCGUGGGUAGACCAGGAGUCCAGACGGUGCAGACCCGUACACCUGUGGUCAUCAGUCAGGCCAACAGACCUCAAGCUGCACUUAUAAGAGGGCCAACAGUGCUAGCUGGUAAAAGUCCUAUUCACCUGGCAGUUCAAGCCAAUCAGAAGAAACUGUGUGAUCCGGUGGCGGACAUUCAGUUUGACUCCAGAGCCCCCGUGAAGAAUUUCAGAACAGAGACCAGGCCAGAUGUGGCCCUCGUGGCACAAAUUAACAGCCCUGAGUCAGGUGCUGCACAAGAUGACGACGACAUUAACGAUGUGGCUUCCAUGGCCGGCGUCAACCUCAAUGAGGAGAACGCCCGUAUCCUAGCGACCAGCUCAGAGCUCGUUGGAACCAAAAUCCGCUCUUGUAAAGACGAAUCCUUUCUACCCACAGGACUGCUGCAGCGCCGCAUCCUGGACACGGCUAAGAAGCUCGGCGUAACGGAGGUACCGCUGGAGGUGGUGAACUUAAUUUCUCACGCCACCCAGUCCAGACUACGCUCUCUGCUGGAGAAGGUUUCAGCUGUGGCACAGCACCGCGCUGACAUUGGAAAGGAUGAUGAGCAGUGUGAACAGAUAUCAGACGUUCGCUCUCAGCUGCGUUUCUUCGAGCAGUUGGAGCGGCUCGAGAAGCAACGCAAAGAUGAACAAGAAAGAGAAAUUCUGCUGAAAGCAGCCAAGAGUCGUGCAAGGCAAGAAGAUCCUGAGCAGGCCCGACUGAAGCAGAAGGCGAAGGAGAUGCAGCAGCAGGAAUUGGCACAGAUGCGACAGCGGGAUGCCAACCUUACGGCCCUCGCCGCCAUUGGGCCACGUAAGAAGCGAAAGCUGGACUCACCGGGCGGCGGCAACACAGUCGGUGCAGAGGUCACUUCAGGCACGGGAAUGGCAUUGAGCACGGCCGUCUCCUCCCGCCAGCAGCUCCGUCAGCGGAUCACGCGCGUUAACCUCAGGGACUUGGUCAUCUGUUUGGAGCAGGAUCGCACCACGGCUCGGUCCCUGCUGCUCUACAAGGCUCUUCUGAAAUAAGACAUCCCUCGUGGAAUAGCACCUGGCCCACUGCAGAUUAUAAGCUGGACUUAACCUCCUAUUUCAUACUCACUGUUUCUUUUGGCCCAUGUUAUGUUGCCAGUCCCUGCAGUGCCGGUUGUAAUCUACAGCCUUUUGACUUAAUUCCUCACAUCUACGAGUAGUUUGAUGCCGUCCUCUGAGGAGAAUGUGACAUUUACACAGGGGUGUGUUAUAACUCCAGGCUGAGUUGAAGAAGAUCACAACGUUUGUGCAGUUAUGAUCCUGCGCCGGCUUGGGAACGGUUUUCAGACUGUCCACUGCAGAGAUUCUGCUGCCAGGAUGCUAUUUGACAUUUUUUUUUUACUCCAGCGCUGCACCUCAAGCGGUGCCUUUUGAGUCUCUUUGCUAACCUCUCCAUAGCAACACUGAGAUUUGAUGUCAGUUUCUUGCUAGUCACAGCCCACUCAGGAUGCCUGGCUCAUGGGCACACUUACAUCAUCACAGCCAGAUUUGAGAUAAGUCUGUCCUUGCAGUCGGUGUGGUUGCACAACCAUGACUUGUUGCAUUUUAACUCAUGUACCCCAACAGGGUUUAAAUGACUGUCUGUGUGGAUGGUUGUUUUCAGGUAUGUCAUGUUGUGUGUGUGUGUGUGUGUGUGUCAAAAGAAAGAAGAGUUGUUGACAGUGAUGUUAAAAACUGUGUGAACAGUUACUUAACAUUUCCAGGUUUGAAGAGCAAAAGAGGCACAUGUUUUGUUUUGUUUUUUGUGUGUGCGUGCAUGCGUGUGUGUGUGCGGGGACAGGGCAGAAUUUUGAGAUAAUCAGCUGAAAGGUUAACACAAAAUAUUGACGUUUGACAGUUUUUACUUUGGAAUUAUGAACAGAUGGCAGGGAGCUGGCUCUCCUACGGACAAUAAACUCACUCAGGCUACGUUCAUGAAGGCUAACAAACACAAAGCUACCCUCAUCAGACCAAAUGACAUUCCCGCAGCCCCCCCCCCCGUGACUUCUAACAGUCAGCGGCUCAGCGUAAGACAUUGGAAUCCUUGACCUUGUACUGUUGAAUAUCUGACUCUGUCAUCGUAGUUGAAUAUGCAGUGUGCUUCACAAUUUGCUUUUAAGACAGUUUUUAAGGUGACGUUUUCAAAAAUGACGUGUUCAUUGAAGGUUUUUAAUGCUUUAAAUGUCUUUCCCUGUGUUUCGGGCAUUUGGUUUGUAUAGUAUAAAGCUCUAAGAGAAGCGUGUGGCGUAUGAACUGUACAUUCAGAGUCUGGCUCUGCAGAGCGCCUGGCUAAAGUAUCAGUUGUUGGAAGGACACAAUUUGUGAUUAUUUAUAUUUCCUACAUUCUGACACAUUUCAGGCAAUGCAAUUUUACAGUUGUUUGUACCUUUGCAAAAAAGAAAUAAAGAAAAUGGUAAAGAAGCA